CACAGCCCGGGUUGAGUCUCUACGGUUCUCAUGGUGCGUUUAAGAGCAGCGUAUUGCUCAGUGCGCUUUUACACGUCAGUCACUCUGUUGUGAAAGACUCUAAACGACUAAACUAUGGCAGAAAAAGAAGAAGCUCCAGCUCCAGCCCCAGCCCCAGCCCCGGCCAAGGCGGCCAAGAAGAAGGCUUCCAAGCCAAAGAAGUCCGGAUCCACUCUCAGCGAGCUCAUCGUCGCAGCUGUGGCCACGUCCAAGGAGAGGAACGGCAUGUCCGCAGCCGCCCUCAAGAAGAUCCUGGCUGCAGGAGGAUACGAUGUGUUGAAGAACAAGUCCCGCGUCAGGAUUGCCCUUAAGAGUCUGGUGACUAAUGGCACCCUAGUCCAAACCACGGGAACCGGGGCCUCCGGAUCCUUCAAGAUAAGUAAGAAGGUCGCAGAGAAGAAGCCGGCGAAGAAAGCUGCUCCUAAAGCCAAGAAACCAGCAGCGACCAAGAAGUCCAAGGCAGCGGCAGCAAAGAAGCCAGCAGUCGCGAAGAAGUCCCCGAAGAAGGCCAAGAAGCCCGCGGUGGCCAAGAAAGCAGCCAAGAAGCCCACAAAGAGCCCUAAGAAGAUUGCAAAGAGCCCUAAGAAGAUUGCAAAGAGCCCUAAGAAGCCAACCAAGAGCCCCAAGAAGGUGGCCAAGAAGGCUCCCGCAGUCAAGAAAGCCCCCGCAAAGAAGGUGGCCAAGCCCAAAACCAAGAGGGCAGCAGCCAAGAAGUGAGCUGAAACCACUGAAGAUAAACCUCAAAACUAAAGGCUCUUUUAAGAGCCACCCACAUCUCACACUGAAGAGAGGAGUCCAGUUCAUUCAUGCUCACAUUUAACACAUUUACUCCA